AUGAGGACUUCCACCUUAGGUACCGUGGCUUUUGCGGUAUUCUCUGCCGCUGGACCCGUAUUUUCUCGGGCUGGGCACAGAACGCUUCGGAGACAAGACGACAUGAACCCUUUUAACGGCAAGAAACUCUUUGUCAACCCGAGCUACGCAGCCAAAUUGGAGAAGACGCUCGAGUCCUUUGAGGCAGCGGGCGAUACUGUCAACGCAGAGAAGACCCGGGCUAUCCAGGAUAUUGGGACAUUUGUCUGGAUUUCUGAUAUUGCCAGUCUGUCCAACAUUGAUACUGUUAUAGAGGAUGCUCGCGCUGCGCAGGCUGAGACUGGAGAGACGGUCGUCGGCCUCGUCCUCUACAAUUUGCCUGAUCGAGAUUGCAGCGCAGGAGAGAGCGCUGGGGAGCUCAUCCUCUCCGAGGACGGCCUGAAACGAUACAAGACAGAAUACAUCCUGCCAUACGCCGAGAAAGUCUCGGCGGCAAAAGAUCUCACCUUCGCCAUUGUUCUGGAACCAGACUCCUUGGGGAAUCUCGUUACUAACAUGAAUGUUGAGAAGUGCGCGAAUGCAGCUGAUGCUUAUAAGGAGGGGAUCGCUUAUGCGAUAUCUAGCUUGCAGUUCGAGAACGUGCAUCUAUACAUCGACGCGGCGCACGGAGGGUGGCUCGGUUGGGAUGACAACCUACAGCCCACUGCCCAGGUUUUCGGCGACGUCGUUCGCCAAGCUGGAAACAGCUCGCGUAUUCGAGGAUACGCGACCAACGUUUCGAACUACAACCCUUUCAAGGCCAACAUCCCAGAGCCUUACACUGAAUACAGCAACUCUGCUGACGAGUCCAACUACACAAUCUCACUAUCUCCGUACCUCGAGGCCGAGGGCCUUCCGACCCGAUUUAUAAUUGACCAGGGCCGGGUCGCCCUGCCAGGUGCGAGAGCUGAGUGGGGUGAGUGGUGUAAUGUGGCUCCGGCCGGGUAUGGCAUAAAGCCCGGUACCGUUGUCGACAACAACCUCGUCGACAGUAUCGUUUGGAUAAAGCCUGGCGGUGAGAGCGACGGCCAAUGCGGGAUGGCCGGGGCUCCGAGGGCUGGUCAGUGGUUUGACAAAUAUGUGCAAAUGCUGGUGGAGAAUGCCGAUGCAAGCAUUUCGCUAUCGUAA